AAUGGAUCUAAUAUGUAUUCUUCUUCUUGUAAUCAAUGGGGUGCCAUUGGCUUUUACUCAGUUCAAUGGAUAUAACUGUGAUCCAACCUUCCACAGCAGAUUCCCAGGAGAGCGGGAUAUCAGUGUGUACUGUGGGGUGCAGACCAUCACCCUGAAGAUCAACUUCUGCCCCGUGCUCUACUCCGGCUACACUAUUGCUGACUUGGCCCUGAACGGGCGUCAUGCAGAUGUACACUGUCGGGGUUUCAUCAACAACAACACCUUCCCCACGGCGGUGCUGUUCAGCAUCAGCCUCAGCACGCUGGAGGCCUGCGGCAACACGCUGGUGGUUUCCUCAGCUCAGGGCAACAAUGCCUAUGGAAAUAUAUCCCUGGUGCAGAUCGGACAUAUAUCAGGCUAUAUCGACACCCCUGACCCACCGACCGUCAUUAGCUACCUGCCUGGUCUGCAGUACAAAUUCAGCUGCAGUUAUCCUCUGGAGUACCUGGUCAACAACUCUCAGCUGGCUUCAUCUUCUGCUGCUAUAGCAGUAAAAGACAACAAUGGUACCUUUGUAAGCACCUUGAGUUUGAUUCUGUUCAAUGACUCAUCCUUCAUCCAGCAGCUGUCCGUCCCCAUGGCUGGUCUCCCACUGAAGACCAGAGUUUUUGCUGCAGUUAGGGCCACUAACUUAGACAGGAGGUGGAAUAUCUUGAUGGAUUACUGUUUCACCACUCCCUCUGGGAAUCCCAAAGACGAGAUACGCUAUGACCUUUUCUUCGGAUGUCACAAAGACCCGCAGACGACCAUUUUUGAGAACGGGAAGAGCCAAAUGGGCCGAUUUGCAUUUGAGGUUUUUCGCUUUGUGAAACACAAAAACCAGAAAAUGUCCACUGUCUUUCUGCACUGUGUCACAAAGCUGUGCCGGGUUGACGACUGUGCCAUGCUGAUGCCGAUCUGUGGGAAAAGGAGAAAAAGGGAUGAGAGUCCUGUUCCCUCUGCUGGAGAUGCUGUGAUAACUGCAGGCCCUAUAAUCACCAGGGGGGAUGAAACUCCAACCAGCAACUCACAGCUUGGGAAUGAUCGUUCUCCACGGCUGGACACAGUGACCAGCGCUCUGGUGUCGGGAGUGGUAGUGCUGGGCGUCUUGAGCCUGGGCUUCUUCCUCCUCUCCAUCAGGCUGCUCCGGAGAUCCAGUCCGUCCACCUUAACUGCAGUCCGCAACCCCAACUUCAAAUGACCCGCACACUCUCCUGCUCACCACUGCCUCGAGCUUACUGUGUCUGAACUCAGAACACUGCACAAAUUCUCUAAAAUUCAGUAAAUUUGCUAUGAGUGGUCCAGCGGUUUAAAGCGAGGCCACUAUGAUCAGGAGAUCACUGGUUCAAAUCCUGGUCAUGCAGCUUGCCAUCAGCUGCCAGAGCCCUGAGAGAGCACAUUUGGCUUUGCUCUCUCUGGGUGGGUACAGUAGAAGGCGUUCUUUACCCUCAUCACUUCUAGGGUGAUGUUGCUUAGCACAAGGCUGCGUCUGUGAGCUGAUGUAUCAGAACCGGGUUGCUGCGUUUUCUUCCGAACGCACUGUGAUGCUACUCAGUUCAAAAAGAGGCGGAGUCUGACUUCACAUGUGUCGGAGGAGCACAAGUGAUGGUGGGAGUACUAAUGAGUAGGUUGGAUAAUUUGCCGUGUAAAUUGGGAAGAAAAUGGGAAUAAACAUAUGAAAAUUGCUAUUGGAGGAGCGUUUUUCACACAGAUCAUUGUUUCAACCAGACCAUUGUUUAAUUACACAUUUCAUGUUCCAUACUUUAGUCUCUACAGUGGUGAAUCUUAAGUGUUUCGUUUAUUACCUCAGCUUGUUAUGUUGCGUGUUGUUCUUGAUCUUUUCAGGGUGCAUGAUCCAUACAUCUUGAAUAGUGUGUUAAAGUGAAUGAGUAUGCUGUGUGUGUGUGUGUGUGUGUGUGCAUACACAAGUGUGAAUGUAAAUCCACUAUGGUGUAAAAAUGCAUUGUACGUAUCUGUAAGACAUUUUAAAUCUGAUGUGAAAUAUGAUUUU